AGCCCCCAACAAUUCAUGUUGAAGCGUUUUGUCGUUCCUUUGUCCCGGACACAACAAAGUAUGCCCCAAGGAGGUAAAGGAAACUUUGAUUCAUUUCUACAAAAAGUACGGGAAGGAACCCCGGAAGAAGUAGAACAAACCCUGCGUCCUGCUCUCCAUUCCCAUCCAAAUCCAACUGAAAGAAGUUACCGCCAGAAACCGUCUGACGCCCUUGAAGCAGACGAUGCAUAUGAGGUCUGGAAACUUCUACCGCAUCUUAAUGGGUUAAGUAAGUUUAUCUACUCAGAAUUGAAGAGCCUCCGCGAGAACAACGGGAAGGAAGAUUUGCCGAGCGAAGAAGAUCGAUUAAACCUAGAUAUUCAAAGCAACCCUCUGUGCUUAAGUCUAGAAUGGCUGUGGAGGAAUAAUCCACAGUCUCCUCAGCACGAGGAAAGCGAGAAAGGAAGCAUCAUUGAAGCAGCUCUUGAUAAUGCUUUUCUACUGGAAAAAAUGGCUUCGUACAAAAAUCACUUCAGCCAUGAUAAAUACAUGGAUCGUGCAGAGGAAUGUGAAAAGUUUGCCAUAGACAUCGUUGAGCAAGUAAACGACAACAAAGAGCUGCUGCACAAAGUCAUGGAUAUCGACGGAGAGGGAGCUUUGGUGAAGGAGAAGUCCAAUGAUUUUAUUCGUAGCUUAAGUCUGCUCAAGAUGGCCGCUAAUAAAGAGCGCAAAAUGGUGAGUGGUAAAUUGAUAAGUCUAAUGAAUACACUGUUUGAAUUUACUGUGAAUUUGAAUUUACGUUACCAACUCAGUUGAUAGUACCAAAUUACCUCGUUAAUAAGUCUUCCAGGCUCCGCUUGAAAGUGAAAUUGAUUUUUCUCAGGCUUUAAUCCGCACUCAUAUAGGUAAAAUAUAACAAAAACUUUAUCUUGUAUUUUGUUGACAACCAAAAACGUUUAACGGUAAUAGAGACAUCAUGUAUUCGGAGAAAUUGAAUUCUCGGAAAACGAUAUGAAUAAAAAAACCGUCGUAAGUAAAUGUAAGAGGCCAAUUUAACUCAGCGAGAACAAUUCAUUCCUGUGGCCGGGGUACAAUUGAUAACGCACUUUGCUUUCAAAAUAACUUACAGAAUUUAGGCAAGUGAAAAUAGGGUAGGGGAUGUAAAAUGCUUCGCUUGUUAUGUAAUUUAUCUGUCAGAAAACAACGUUUUCCAUCUUUUGAGUGUGGCUAAGGUCCGUUUGCCUGCGUCUCUGGCAUAGCUGUUUAGAUGGAGGUUAAGGUGGCUCAGCCGCAAGCAUCCGAGGAAUGAUGUUUAUUCGACUGAACUUGCAUUCCUCUCAUAAGCCUCUCAAUAAAUCAAGUCGGCUUGGUCAAACACAGGACACCUCAUCAUAAACGCAUUACCACACACCCAAUGAUUAAACUGAGCACCUUCGUAAAAACUGUGCAUUGCUGCAUACGAAAGAAAAAGGAAGACCUCUUUAAAAAGAAAAUUUGGCUUGUUUGUCAUUGAGAAUUUUGCGCCAGAGUUUACGAUUUUAAUUUGCGAAAGUAUGAAAUCGAUGCUCAUUAUCUUUGCAGGAUCUAAAUCAUAUACCGGAAACGUCAGACGUAUUUGACAUAACGGAAAAGACAGGGAAAGAAAAAUGACAACUAGCAGACUUAACGUCUUUCAAAUUUAACAAAGUCUCUGAGUAAUAGAUCAUUCCCCGUACUUUCGUGAGUUUACACUCCAUUUAAUUGUUAAUUUUCAAUUGUUCCCGGCGCUUCGCCUCUGAACAUUCUCAGAUGAUCCCCAGAACUUGUAAGGGUGGCGCCGGUUAGAAAUUUCAGUAGUUUUACGCGACAGCAGCACUAAAAACGCAAUAAACUAUUUUGGUCAGGCAACGUCAGACUCUCUCACAAAGAGGACGCGAGGCGCAAAAGCAAAUUUAAACCUUUCUGAGCCUAUUUUCACGGAAUUAACCUUGGACGAAACCUCGCUUGCAAACAUUAACCUCGAAGAUCGGAAUAAGAAAAUGGCUGAGUAUAAAAUUGGAUUUCAUUGCAAAUCCAAAGUGGUAUGUUUUUCCAAGAGCUGUCUUACCCUCAAUAACAAGCAACUACGCGAUUCUCAAACCUGCUAAUACUGUUGAAUUUCAGCAUCAAUUCAGGGAAAUUAAUUUUCUCAUAAUAAACCAAACAUUUCUCUAACACUAGCCAAUUGUUGUCUAUCGUCUAGCAUUGACAAACAUCAGCAUUUUUUCACGCCUUCUUUUGUACAAAGCCGCUCACAAGGAUUUCAUUUUGACCACAGUUUCACUUUGGUUUUACUUGAUUUUCAGUUUGUGGCAAGCCCAAACUGUCAAUUUGUUCUUGACGAAGUCAUCUACCACGGAUAUCCUGGUUGGCGAAAUAGGGGAAUCGGGAUUAAAGCAGCCUGGUGCUUGUUUCAACUUUUACUCGUCACCCUUACGAUCCUCUUUUACAUCCCACUUAAGUUAAUUCGCAAGAAUUUCCCGUGCUGCUCUGGAUUUGACUCCGACUGGCUGAAAAAGCCGUACCACUGGCUGAUAAUGCGGUAUGAGCAUCCUUACUCGAAGUUUCUUAACCAUACCAUGUCAUACAUUAUAUUUUUGGCUUUAAUCUUUGGGUCAUCUUUUGAGUACAAGUAUGUGCCUGGCAGAGCAGGCCUUACGUGGAUUGGUAAGUUGAUUUCAUCUGAAUAAUCCAUUUCAAAUCUUGUGUUCUUUAAAGGGCGAAACGGAAACUUGUGUAAGAUACAUUUUAUUUUGAUAGUUAGUCGUCACGCAAAAUCCAAAUAAGUAAUGUAAGAGGAAAUUUCUUAACACAGAAAGUCGUGAUUUUAUCUUGCCGCUUCCCACCAACAAAAUCCAGGGGAAUUUGAGUGCUUUUGAGUCCAAUUGUUUCAGAGCCCCAAUAUUGUAAAUUAGUACGAAGAUACAUCGAAAACUUCAGUGAUUAGAUUCAGAGAACCAUUUCCUUGGAAACAUAAAAAUUAUUAUGACAGACAUUGUAGGUAGAUGAGAAAAUAAGAUUCUGCCCUUCAUGACUUGCAAUUUGAAUGCAUCUAUUUUUCUAACACUCGACAAAUAUUAAGUAAAUAAAUCAUCCUUAAUGCGGCUGGCAUGUCGGCUGAUAAUGUCCACGGCUGGUGUAUUUUCUGAAAAAUGACUAUUUGGCUUAAGAGAGAAGCUACGAGGGCAAUCCCUCAGCCGAGGACAUUAUCAGCAGACAUAACGGCAAGCCAGGAGAGGGUUUAUUUACUUUCUAACCCUCUCAUUGAUUUUUGUACCGGGGAUUGACAGCAAAUUUUGUUUAUUUCUCGUACUUUUCAAAGUAGCAUUUGAGAUCAGCUUUUUAAUGUUACUAUUACAGGACUCUACAGUUCGUUUUUCUUUCUAUAAACCGUAAUAAAAAUGAGAAAGUGAAACCCCUGAGCUUGCUUUUUCCGUUGCCUGUGUUCCUUUUCGACGGAAAUAAUCGGAGCACAAAUAUUGAUGCGAACGGGGGAUUUUUUGCGUGAUAACUUCCAGGUGAUUUUGUACCACGUGACGAAAAUUAGCCUAUAGAAUCAGUCGGAAAUUAAUGAGUGGGCUGUAAUUAACACCAAAUUGCUGGGGAGGAAGUGGGAUUGUCGAGGGGAUUUUCAACUAAAUUCAAUGAGCCUGAGGUGAUUAAUUGUUUAGUAUAAUUUUUCAGGUGCUUCAGAAUUCUGUUGUAAAUUCGUUUUGCUGUUGAAACCAUCCUAUUACAGUCCUCGUAUAGAGAUAAGCAACUAGUUUCCUCAGAAUUAUAUUUUCUUCUUUCAUGUUUAUCACUUCCUUAGUAACAUUGACAAACGCAAGGUAGCUGUUUUGACUAUUAUGGGCCCCUGCUCUAAUCACCUCGCACGAGGUGAUUAUGGUGAGAUAUGGUGCAAUCCUCAACCUAUUUGAGUGCGUGUCUUUCUAUACACACCUGAGCAAUUAUAGUAAACAGAAAUAUCGGUAAGCGCUAUCAUAACAGGUGGGCUGCAACGCUUGCCUUUUGAUUUCAUACCUGACAAGAUCUAGGGGACAUAUCCACAGGAGAACUGCAUUGGAGUGCAAGCAUUUUGGAGUUUGCAAUUAGUCCUUGUUCAUGGGUAAACAAAGAGAGUACAUCAGCUUUACUUAUAACUGGAUUAAUAACUUCUACCCACAGAUUUGGUUAUAAUGCCCUUCGUCCUUGGCCUACUAAUACAGGAAAUCGUGGAAGCCUGGAGGCAAGGUGCUUUCAUUUACUUCUCAAAGUGGUGGAAUGUUGUUGAUACAGUGAUUAUCCUCACAUUCAUAGGGGCCUACGGUCUAUGGUUGAUCGCGUGGGGCGUUUACGGAGAGUGGAAGCCUGAAAAAAAGUUUUCAUCUAUGCAGAUGGCAUUUAUGCCAGUGCUUGCGUCGUGGCCUAUUUUCAUUUGGCACACUUUUUCCAGGUCAAUUCAACGCUGGGUCCCUUACAGCUGUCACUUUACAAAAUGCUGAGAGAUGUCCUUAAGUUUCUUGCCAUCUUUCUCCUUCUAUACUUUGCGUUUGCUACUGGGGUGGCCAAGAUUUACUCGUACUAUGAAGCCUCUCAAAGAGAGCUCUAAAAGCGGGACACCGAAACCACUGACUACCAGCUUUCUCAUCCAUUUUCAUUGUGAGUAUUCCAGAAUAUCUUUGGAUUUUUCUCAUAGGUGGUUGUCGAACUAAGUUUCGGUUUCAAACUAUUACUGAACACCAUUUUGUUUCGUGCUUAAAAUUUAUUUAAAUAACAUGUUUCCAUGAAUGAAAAACUUGAAAUAUUUCCCAAAAUACUGGGUAUUUUUAUUCCCAUACAGCCUUUUAACUUUCCUUUGCGAACUAAGAGACGAUCAGGAGUGAUAAACAGACAGAAACUUUAAAAAAAAAACUGGAACUGACGACGCCUGUUAUAUAUAUUUCAAAGUUGUUUGCCCGUUGCAAAAUUUGAUUAGUCAUGAACUCAUAUUGAUAGCAAAGCCUAGUCCACGGCUAUAGCAUUAGUUUCUAUAAAAAAAAAAAAAUGAGAUAACAUUUCGUUCUCACACCUUUUUUCAGACAUGCCAACACUUUCAUUGUCUUGUUCUGGUUGCUGUUUGGUGGUGGUGGACAGGAAGAGAGCAUUUCGGUGCAGGAUCAAGACUUCACUCUCAUAACCAAGUUUGGUCGCGUAUUUAUGGGAGCCUACGUCAUAUGUACCAUCCUUGUUGCCCUCAGCAUGCUGAUUGCUAUGAUGAACGACUCAUUCCACGAAAUCAAGGUAAUUUUAAAGGGUUAGUUUGGUGCUAAGUUAUUCUACAAAAAACCAGAGACAAAAACUAAAAAGUUGACGCAAAACAACUGACAAAAGUUUAGGUGUCUCUGUAAUCAAAGUACAAGCUUCUUUUGAAAGAUGAUUUGGUUUUAUCAAUUGCUGACCGUUAUCAUCUCUUUGUCAGUGAGAAAAGAAGAAGGGUACUGUGACGUAAAGCUGACGUUCGGAAAGUCACCUGUAGAAACUUUCUAGGUGACCAAUUUACAUUAUCAACUCAGAUAAUAAAAAAACCAAUUAUCUUGUAGUACUCUCCACCAACGCAGCAUCAUACUUUGGUCAAAAACUUACCCAUUUAUUCAUUAAACAUUUUUUAACGAUCACCAUGGCAAUGCAGACUAAAUAUUAGAAAAAUAUGAUCACCGAAAUCGUUUCAGAGUCACAUGCAAAAGAGAUGAUUACGUUCAAAAUGCAAGGUACCGGUUCCACUUAACAAGCUUUGGACACCCCCCUUCUCCCCGCUAUAAAUUAACAACACAAACAAACAAGUCUGACAAUAACCCCCCUGCAAGCUUUAGUUAGGGAAAUUUCCCCAACUUCAGCUCUAGUCUCUGUACAAGAUCCAAGUUGUUGUCUGUUUUUCAAUGCUCAGUUAAACGUAACAAAUGCGCUUUUUCUCAGAAAAACGCUGUUGUAGAGUGGAAAUUUUCAAGAACCCAGAUGUGGCUGGAAUGGAUCGACAAAGGCAACUCUGUUCCGGUUCCAUUCAAUAUUCUAUAUGUGGUUCUGUACAUUUUCUUUUGGUUUUGGUGCGGCUGUCGUGAAUCACUGUGUUUCAAAUGCAAAGAGGUACGAAAUUUAAUUUUAAACUGCACCACCCCUACUUUUCCCCUCUUUAAAUAAGCCAAAUGAAUGUCCUGUGAUAUCUAAUUUUGGCAUUCAGCGUUUGAGCGUACAGAGAGCAGACUGGUUCAAUUGGCCACUUCAAAUCGUUUGUCUAGCCAAUUAGAGCACAUAAUAAGUAGUGCGUGGUUAACAAAAUCUUUAACACUCAUUUCCAAUUUAAAAUGUUAUCCUGGUGAAGAAAUCAGUCUAAUUCUUGUAAAAAAAAAAUUAGGUAAAAAAAUCGAGAAAAAUUAAGAGAUUGUGCGAUGAUUUGGAUGCCUAUUUGGUGGUGAAUAAUAUCCAUAGUUGGUUAAUUCGAAUGCAAGCGUCAGCAGGCGUUCAGUCUUACUACAAUUUGACGUCAUUUAAGAUCCAUAACUGAAAAGGCGUAGGUCAAAUGGAAUCUAUUUGUUAACCAUAUACGUGAAUUUAUUACUCUUUUUAAUAAAAACAGAAUAACCAAGUCUCGAGAGAAGGUAUUCCCGGAUGCAAUUUUGAAAUAUGUGACGGCAGCAAGGACUCAGAAACUUCCGAUAAGAAGGUACCCUUAACAAUUUUUUGUAUAUUUGUUUAUUUGGAAAUAUUUCUGAAGGUGUAACAUAUCGUUAAGUAACCACAGUUCGCUGUAAUAAAAGAAUAACACAACUCUAGUAUGAAAAGUUCAGAGACUGAUUAAACUAAUUAACUGACUCAGAGCUAACCAAUCGACGUUCACGAAAUGAACCCUUCACUUGGGUGGGAUUUGUCACUAAAUUAACAAAAAAUUUAUUUGGGGCAAAAAUAUGCACGGAUAUUUGUUCACGAUCAAUAGCUAUUCCGAGAGAUCGAGUAAUUUAAGGAACAGAUGAUGUCCCACGACAACUAUACGACAAUAUUUUGAAGCCGAAAAGAUCCUACCGUGUUUAUCAGCCUUCAAGCAUUUGUUUUAUUAUUACAUUUUUAGCGGGACAAAAAGGUUGGCGUCAAACACUUGUAAAGCGUGGGAAGGGGAUAUUUGAUAAAUUAUAAAUGAAAUUGACAAGUUUUCAACGAAAUGGGGGUAAACGCGGUAGACAUUUACCGAGCCGCAAAGCUGCGAGGUAAUAUCCACCACUUCUACCGACGCUGGGGUGAAUAAUUGUUUUAGUAUAUACCACACAGAAACCAAAACAAUGCUUUAUAUAUCCCAAUAUACCGAAAAAUUUUAACCUAACCCUUGACGUACGAUUUUGCUUAUUUGGCUGUUCCGAGUUGAAUGGUACUUGUUAAUUACCUCCGAACUAGCCAAUCAGCGCUCUUGAAAAGCACUAUUCAGCUGAGUAUUAGAUACUAAGGUGAAAAAUCUGAAUCGAGCGAAUAGAAGUUAAUUUUCUCUAGUCUCCACUUUAUCUAACUGAGGAUCAGAAGGAAAGUAAGGACCUUUAAAGCAAACGAGGGUUUUAACUCAAGGUAACCUUGUUCGAAACAUUCCUAAUGAAGCCUCGGUAGAUGAAUGCUGGUUACCACCAUGAUCAACAUGAUUAAUGAAAGUAAUAGAACUGAGUGGACUCCAAUUUGGCCUGUAAUCAUACGAGUGAUUAACAAAAUCGGACGACAGCAAAGCGAGAGUCCGAUUUGUCAAUCACGAGUAUGAUUACAGACAGAAUUGAACGACACGAAGUCCUGUUACCAAUUAAUCAUAACUGUUACAAUUUCCGAAAACAAAAAAUACAUUUAGGACAAAAUAUGUGCAGAAGAGACAUUCUCUAGGUAAAAAAUUCCUCAACUUUGGAAGUUCCAUUAUUUUUUUGGAUAAAUUAUUGUUGCUAUGGUUAUUGUGAUUAAUUCUGUCAUUGGUGGAUUUGACUGAAAGGACUAAGUAUGAUUGGCUGCUUCAACUGUCCGAUUACAGGUUUCUGAUUGCAGGUUUCUGAUUACAGCCAACUGUCCGAUUACACUGUCCAAUUACAACUCUACAGAAUGAUUAGUGAAAAAUAAAGCAGCUAAUGCACUGAUUAUGGUGAUGGUGAUGAUUAUGCAAUUUAUUGGCAAGCUCUCGUGUACUAAUACUAAUGCCAUUUAAUUAAUUAUUCUUUCGUUUCACUCUAGUCAAUGAAUCAGGAACGCCUUAAAGCAGUAAAAACUUUGGUCGUAAAAUAUCUGAAAAAGCACUACGAAGCCAAAUGGAAUGAAUGCAGGGCAGCAACUACCUGAAGGGACUCUGAAAAGGAUCUACCAUCAGUGUGCUCAGGCUGAAGAUAAUCCUUGUUUUUUUUGUUUUGUUUUGUUUUAAAUGUGAACAGACCGAUGUUUUACCGUAGUCCGUACAGUUUUCGUUUCUUGAUGCUAGAUGGUAGUCUUUCUCUUUGGCCAGAGUUGACGAAUGCACACUCUGUAGGAAAGCUAGUGAAGAUUUAAUGAUAUACAGUCGAAAGUUUUUGGGGUAAAAAAAAGUUGAGAAGCCAACUUCAACGUUUUAAAAACGGCUAUUAUCAACAGAGGUCCCCAAAUUUGUAAUGACCACAAUUGUUACUUUAAGAAUGAUGAUUAAUUUCUGAAAUCAGAAAAUUUAAAGUAUACUCUAGAUGCAGUUUCAACUCCAUCUUCUCCAUUCCAAAGUAUCUAUCUUUGCUUGAGUGUUACCACGAUAUUAGCUUAAGAUUGGCUAAACCACUUUGAAAGACGGGAGGUUUACAUAUGGGUAUUUCGAAAUAAACCAGGUUCUAGAAGGAUUUGACUGAUGAUUACAUACUAAGUUAAAUUACGCACGCAUUUGAUUGGUUAUUUCUCAUGAUCUAUUUGUGGACAGACGCAUAGAUGACGUCACUAUUAGCAACACUUUCUUUUUUAUCAUAUAAAACAGAUAGAUUCCAUGGUGCCGUGGGUUUAUUCUAUACUAACAGGGACCUUAAGCAAACCACGAUGGCGACGGCAGCGAGGACGUGACGAAACAAAAGAUCUAACGAGCAGUACAAUAGCUUAAUCAGAACGUGCAUUUUUAAACUGUGCACAUUUCUUCGCCGUUCUCUGCAAAAUAGCAACGUGAAAUCAUCAAAAUUUGCGUGGUCCGAGAAAGGAAACCCUAACGGCAAAUUAUUUCAGUUUCUAUUUGGAACUCAACGCCGCCCUCAUACUUUAUACUGAGGUUAACGUACGGCGCCGUAAGAGAUGGUAAACACAUGCAGUCAGUCAGCGAAAUUCCAACUAAAAAUUUGUAUUCAUUUUUAAAUAGACGUCUUCCUUGGCGUCCUAACUGCUAAAGGUCCUUAAUAGAUCACUGAAGACAUCAAAAUAUAGUAAGAAUAUCAGGACACUCGGCCGUAUUUUUUACGUUCCGUUUAAGGUUCUUAUCACAAUUUGAUGUCAUCUGUGAUCUAUUACUGAACAGAAGCACAUGUUGGCUGGAUAAUGUAUGUAUAUUACGUAAAAGUUACAUGUAAAUCACUUCUGGGAGUUAAAGGGUUAAACAAAUCAAAACUAGAAGCAAAUAGUUGAAGAUGAGCCAAAGGAAGCUAGUAGAUCCUGACAGGCUGGUAUCACCAGUUCAAUCGGAAUGUAUUGUUACUUUUAGUUAACCUGGUUCCUGUUAGUUUUUUUCUAUUCUCAGACAAGAAGAUUGAGUUUCAGACUCCAAAUACUUAUACAUAAGGAACGAGUGAUUUGGCCAGGUUUAUGCCCGCAGUUGUCGACUAGCCAUUGUUGUCAAGACCUUUUCAGUCAAGAUCUUUGUUCAUGGCCCAUAUGUCUCAUAUGUCGACAGUUUGCAGGAGACAGACGCAGGAAACCCUUCAUCACACAAAGCCAUAACUAUCAGGACUCUACCACGACGAUUGCAGCUAGUAUACAACACGACAGACAACUUAUCCGACGAGAACAAAUACCUUGACCGUGGUUUUUCAAAGAACAUCUACCAAAACAAACGAAACCGCAACUCCGACGACUACAGCGACUAUACAGUAAAUAAAGGGCAUGUCUGAGAACCGCGCCGAACUCUGGGAGUACUUUUCGCGCGUCCAACUCGCGGAGUUCCGCGCGCUAGCUAGCAUUUGAUUUUUUGGCUGAUUUUUGAAACUCGCGCGACGGACAUAGCCGAAAAAGGGGAGCUGGUCGAAAUUAACAAAGAUGAAGCCUGAUUUCACACUUAAGACUCCACAGGUUCGAAAGCUUGACACUUACACACUAGACUCUGUAAAUUCAUGGCUAUAAUUUUCAAAAUAAUUUACCAUUUAAAUGUUAACAUAUUUUAAUCAACAUUUUUAUGUAUUAUGAUACAUAUAAGUCAAGUACGACGUUAUAUUAAAAUUUGUAUGUAUCCAUAAUGAGGG